GAGUUAAGAUAUGAAUCCAAGUAGUCCACCUUUUGUAAGCAAUGGAACAAAGACGAAUGGCAUACGUACGACCAAUAUUCAUACUUACUGGUUUUCUUGUGAUUUUCACUGGAGCACAGCCCAUCUACAAUCCUCAGAACGAGUGGUCUAAGUGUGACAAUAAUCACCAGAUUCUCAGAGAGAUCAGGAGGGACCUCAAUGAACUGACACACCUAGUCACACAGUUACAGAAAAAGGAACUAGGACUGGUAAACAACAUAGCUUUCUAUGCAAUACUGACGUCAUCAGUGACAGAUAAUUACGUCAGAUUCAACAAUGUGAAAACCAAUGAAGGAGCGGCUUAUGAUAAAACAUCGGGUAUCUUUACAUGUCAAUUAAGCGGAACUUACGUCUUUUCUUGGACCAUUGCCAGCAGCCAGCAUCACCAAACAACAGCUGAUCUCCUCGUCAAUGACGUAUCGGUGGGGUCUACAGCUACAUACUCUCGGGGGUCUGAUAGCGUCUCGAAAGGGUCAAGCACUGGGUUCGUCGUGUAUGACCUUCUUGUCGGUGACAAGGUCAGAGUCAUCCUCAAAGGAACAGCUAUAGAGGAAUUUUCUACAUUUUCGGGUUGGAAACUACAGCACGACACCCCGUCCUUCUAUGCCAGAGCCUCUACUCAUUUGAAAGCUCCUGCUUCCCGUGACAGUGGAUACAAAUUCCAGAGCGUGUUGACCGACAACGAACAUGUAUAUAACCCGGAUAGUGGCGUUAUCACCAUCCCAGAGACAGGGAUUUGGGCUCUGACGAUCUCUGUUGAGACCAUGGGAACGUUUGAUAGUAUCUUCAUAGAGGAAAUGCAUACCAUUCCUAGGAUGUGGGCAUAUGUAAAUGAAGACACAUCGUCCUCUUUGUUAGUUGGGACUUUUUCGUACGGCGACAAACUACCCUGGUAUUCCUUCUCCAACAGCACUCUCUUAGCUACCCGUUCUUCUAUUUCCGGAUGGCUUAUUGGACCAAGCAAGGCGAGACCGACAUUUAUGGCGUCUUCUGACUCCCCCACAUCUUCAUCACCUGCCAAUUUUACCCGGAAAUACAUAGACCUGACAGAUUCGCUCUCGGACACCGAAUUCCGAACUUCAAAAUCCGGUGUAUACUUGGUAUUUUGGAAUACAAUUGCUAAAGAAAUGGUUGUAACAACGCUACUGGUGAAUGGCAAAGAGGCUGGAAGAGCGGCCACGAGUAAAUCACAGCAUUCGUACAAGGAUAACGGAUCGAAUCUCGCAAUCUUACGUCUUCAGAAGGAUGACGUCAUCACUUUUGAAACCAAUACGAGUUCAGAUUAUGUUUCUAUAUCUGGUUACUUUUUGUUUUAGCUAAAUUUUUGAUAUAUGAUGGCUUGUUAUCUGACAAAUCUUAAAUUUCAAUAACUAAUUAAAUGAAAAGGAUGCAAGUUAGAUUAGAUUAGAUUUCCUAUUUUGCCUCGGACAAAAAUGACACUAUUACAUGUAUAUAUUUACAUUCUACUGUGUUUUUCCAUUAAAUUCUGUGAUCUUCAAAUGCCUCUAAAUGCAACAAGUAGUCAAAGGUCAAAUUGACGAGUUUUAUUAUGACGUCACAAACGUUGAACGCUGUAAACUGCAACGUCACAAGCGAAAAUCAAAGUUCACGCUUGUGGCUGUUACUGUGGCUCUUCCAUUAAUAUUAACUUACCCUUAGGAUAAGAUAGUUAUUUUAAGGUAUGAAUCACAUUUGCAGACAAGGCAAGAAGUUAAAAAAAUGUAAAUAUAAGCAUUAAAUCAUGAUUUUUUGAAGUAUA